AAAAAAACAAAAAACUAAAUCAACAAUUUCCCACACCUGUAAAUGAUUCGCUGUAAAAGAAUCCAAAAUGGCAAAUUACCCAUUUAUUAAUUUUACAUUAUUUGAUGUUUUUCCAUGUCACUUUCCUUAAUUAAUUUUCUUCAUCCUUAACCUCUCUUUCUCUCUCUAAAUCUGGGCACAUUUCAUUGAUUUUAAUUUCCAAAAAUCAUCUCUGUAUUGUAGGGGCCGUUAGUGAUAAGCACGCCUGGCACUCUCAUAAUUCCCUCCAAACGCCUUUCUCUCUCUUCCUCUCUUUCUCUUUCCUUACUUUCUCUCUCUUCCCAAAACCAUUCAAGGGUCUUCAUUUCACAAUUUCAUCAUCAAAGGUUGAAUCUUUUUGAACUGUUGCAGAUUUUUUAGCUUUGGAUUUCUACCCUCUUCUUGUAAUAAGGUUUUUUUUUUCUGCUACUUGAUUCAAAAGUUCUGCUGUUGAUCUAUUCAAAAAUUUAUUAAUUCCUACAGUAUGUCUGUUUCCCUGAGAGAUCUUGAUCCAGCAUUCCAGGGAGCCGGUCAAAAGGCAGGAUUGGAAAUAUGGCGCAUUGAGAAUUUUCGUCCUGUACGUGUCCCAAACUCAUCCUAUGGGAAGUUUUACACGGGAGAUUCUUACAUUGUAUUGAAGACAACAGCAUUAAAGAGUGGUGCAUUGCGUCAAGAUAUACAUUAUUGGCUUGGUAAAGAUACUUCUCAAGAUGAAGCUGGUGCUGCGGCUGUAAAAACUGUGGAGUUAGAUGCCGCUUUGGGAGGUCGCGCUGUUCAAUAUAGAGAAGUGCAGGGCCAUGAAACUGAGAAGUUUCUUUCAUAUUUUAAACCAUGUAUCAUUCCCCUGGAAGGGGGAGUUGCAUCUGGUUUCAAGCAUCAUGAAGCUGAAGAAUAUAAGUCACGCCUUUAUGUCUGCCGAGGGAAACAUGUAGUUCAUGUAAACGAGGUUCCUUGCGCCCGAUCCUCUUUAAAUCACGAUGAUAUAUUCAUUUUGGACACUGAAUCAAAAAUCUUUCAAUUUAAUGGCUCCAACUCUUCCAUUCAAGAGAGAGCUAAAGCAUUGGAAGUUGUUCAGUAUAUUAAAGACAACAAUCAUCAUGGAAAAUGUGAUAUAGCUGCAAUUGAGGAUGGGAAACUGAUGGCUGAUGCUGAAUCCGGUGAAUUUUGGGGGUUUUUUGGUGGGUUUGCUCCGUUACCAAGGAAAACAGCUAGUGAAGGUCCCAAGAGUGCUGAUCCUACUCCUGCCAAGCUUUUCCGCGUUGAGAAGGGACAGGCAGAACCAGAAGAAGCUGAUUCAUUAACAAGGGAUAUGUUAAAUACAAAUAAAUGCUAUAUUCUGGACUGUGGAUCUGAGGUUUUCGUAUGGAUAGGAAGAAGUACCACUCUUGAUGAGAGAAAAAGUGCAAGUGGGGCAGCAGAAGAAUUGCUUCGGAGCCUUGACCGACCAAAGUCUCAUAUAAUUCGUGUAAUUGAGGGAUUUGAGACAGUGGCCUUCAAAACAAAUUUUGAUUCAUGGCCUCCAACUGCUGAGGUUGCUGUAUCAGAAGAUGGAAGAGGCAAGGUUGCUGCUCUUCUCAAACGCCAGGGUGUCAAUGUAAAGGGCCUUGUGAAAGCUGAACCUGCAAAGGAUGUGCCUCAAGUUUACAUUGACUGCACAGGAAAUUUGCAGGUUUGGCGUGUAAAUGGUAGUAAGAAGAGUCUCCUCUCUGCUUCUGAUCAGUCAAAGUUCUACAGUGGAGACAGCUACAUCUUUCAGUAUUCUUACCCUGGAGAAGAUAAGGAGGAACAACUUAUCGGAACAUGGAUUGGGAAGCAAAGCAUUGAGGAGGAACAAAUAUCAGCCACAACCCUGGCUAGCAAGAUGGUAGAAACCAUGAAGUUUGUACCAACUCAGGCUCGAUUUUACGAAGGAAGUGAGCCGAUCCAGUUCUUUGCCAUCUUUCAAAGUUUUAUUGUUUUCAAGGGUGGACUAAGUGAAGGAUACAAAAAGUACAUUGCUGAGAAGGAGGUUCCUGAUGACACAUACACAGAAGAUGGAGUUGCUUUGUUUCGAGUUCAGGGUUCUGGACCUGAGAAUAUGCAAGCUAUUCAAGUAGAUCCGGUACCAUCAUCUUUAAAUUCUUCAUACUGUUACAUAUUGCAUAGUGGCUCCACUGUAUUUUCUUGGUCCGGAAAUCUCACGUCAGCAGAGGAUCAGGAACUUGUUGAGAGGCAGUUGGAUAUUAUCAAGCCAAACUUGCAGUGCAAAACACAAAAAGAAGGAGCAGAAUCUGAACUGUUCUGGCAGUUGCUAGGAGAGAAAUCCGAAUACCCAAGCCAGAAGAUUGCCAGAGAACCUGAAAAUGAUCCUCAUUUAUUUUCUGUCCACUUUUCUAAAGGAGUUUUGAAGGUGGCAGAAAUAUAUAACUUCUCUCAGGAUGAUCUAAUGACUGAAGAUAUAUUUAUAUUGGAUUGUCACUCGGAUAUAUUUGUGUGGGUCGGACAACAAGUGGAUUCCAAGACCAAAAUGCAAGCUUUGACUAUUGGGGAGAAAUUUGUGGAACGUGAUUUUCUUCUAGAGAAGCUCUCCCCUAAAGUGCCUAUAUACGUGGUCAUGGAAGGGGGCGAACCCCCUUUCUUCACUCGAUUUUUUACAUGGGACGCGGAAAGAUCAACUAUUCAUGGUAACUCUUUCCAGAGAAAAUUAUUAUCACUAAAGAAUGGAGGGACCCCCUCAGUGAAUAAACCAAAGAGGAGAACACCUGUAUCAUAUGGGGGAAGGUCCAGUGUGCCAGAUAAAUCUCAGGGCCGUUCAAGGAGUAUGUCUUUCAGCCCAGACCGUGUGCGGGUGAGAGGCAGGUCUCCUGCAUUUAAUGCACUUGCUGCUACUUUUGAGAGCCAAAAUACCAGAAAUCUUUCAACACCACCUCCGGUUGUUAGAAAGCUUUAUCCAAAAUCAGUCACCCCUGAUUCCGCCAAUUCAGCUCCAAAAGCUGCUGCUAUUGCAGCACUUACUUCAACUUUUGAGCAAACUCCACGAGAGCCUAUUAUUAUACCCCGCUCUCGUAAAGUGAAUUCAGAAUCUCCUAAAGAAACACCAAAGCCGGAAUCAAAUUCCAAGGAGAAUUCCAUGGGUAGCAUACAAGAGGAUUCCAAGGAGGAUGAGGCUGAAGAUGAGGAGGGACUCACCAUAUACCCAUAUGAACGUUUGAAAACAAUAUCAACUGAUCCUAUUUCUGAUAUUGAUGUCACUAAGCGGGAGACUUACCUCUCUGCAGCGGAGUUCAAGGAAAAAUUCGGGAUGGCAAAAGAAGCUUUCUAUAAGCUACCUAAGUGGAAGCAGAAUAAGCUAAAAAUGGCCUUGCACUUGUUUUGAGCAUCGUCAGCAGGUCUCAGUUUUCUCUGGAAUUGCGUAUUGAAGGAUCUUGCCUUAUGAAUCUUGAUACUUCAUUCAUCUUGGUGUGAAGGGACAGCAUCAGUGUUUUUAGGCUGCUUCUGCUCCCAAUAACUUGCCCUUUUUUGUUUUUUGUAAUAGAUGGGUUAUUAGAAAUUUAUUUGACGAAAAUAUUUUUUUCUCCAAUCCCUGCACCGGAGCAGCUGGUUUGGUACGUAGUUUUGGUUCAAUUUAGCGACGUCAUAUUCUUUAGGUCACAGCAUGGUUGUGAGCUUGCAUUUUUGUUUUGAUUCCAUUCGGGUCUUUGUUGAAGAUUUAUUGAGGAAUUAUAGGAUUUUUAAUGUCAGUGCCAUUUAGGUUGUACUGAAGAGCCAAGGGGUUAAAGGUUUGUACAGAAGAGUGUAAAAAUCUAGUCAUGAGUUAAAUCAUUUUUUUUUUUAAUAAUAAUAAGGUGUGUAUUUUUCUCUUAUAAUAUUUCA